AAUUGCGGUCUCCCGACUGGCCUUCUGGGUAGAGUCUGCGCGAGUGGGAGUGGAGCGAGUCGCUCGGUCUCGGCAGCGUUCAUCCAUUCUGUGCGGCACUCCCCGUACAGCUCCGUGCGUCCUCGGUGCGAACCGAGGGCUCCGACCGGGCUGUUUGUCUGCUAUUCUCGAAGAAAAACGCGGGACGGUAGAGAAAAGCUACACGGAAUAACCUUCAGCGAACCUUCCCGGCGCUGUUGGAGAGGACAUGGAGUGACGGAGAGCGGGAGAAAGGGGCUUUUUCCGAGGACGGCGUGCUCCGCUCAAACCCAACAUGGCGCUGCUGCGAGGUACGGCCGAGCUGAAUUAAUUUCUCCGCGAAUCCGCCGACCUCGCCACCUGUAUCCUUUGGGGGGCCCGGGCCAAACGGCGCAUUGCUCUCCGACUUAGAGGACCUGAACGGAUUUUCUUUUGUGGAUAUCUCUGUAUCCCGGCGUCUGUUUUUCCGCGGCGCAGGAUCUUUUUGUUGCUUUAUGGAAACCCAAGUGACAUUUUCAGCCGCAAAAAGUCCGCUUGAAAUCUAGGCUAAUGGAUGAGAGUUCCCUGUAGACAAUAGAAUAAAGAGCCAGAGCUUCAUAUGUGAGACUUGUUUUGUUUUGUGACAAGUGGAUAACCUGUUAGACACUUUUAGUUGUGUUUUUUUCUUUGGCCGGGAUCGUCUGUCUCCAGCAGACAGGACCGUAACCGGGCUCGUCUACGUACGCACGGAUCGCUGCCCUCCUAGUUAACUUGGCAAAACAGGAAAAAGGCGUGAGUUGGGGCGCACGACCACGGCUGGAACUUGCACCAAUUAACCAGGGCAACAUCUGUUCGUGAUGUCGAUGCUGAGGCACAAACCAACCUGGAACUAAGACAAGGGAACCACAUCACACAAAACAUGGUGGACGCGAGGCUGACGCCCCUGGCGGCGAUGGGGCUGGACCGAGGCGCUUUGAUACAUGAUGGUCUUCGUCUCCAUGGUGGCGUUGUGUACCCAGGGAUCAGAGCACUUCCGGGAGAGAAGAGCCGAGAGACACCCGCCCUCCCGCUCACUUAUAACAGGGACGGCCUCCCAGAACUCAUCUACAAGCCUGAUGGCCCUCUGGACAGUCGUAAGCCCACAAAUGGAUAUCUGGGCCUGUAUAAGGGCACCCAUCCAAGUCUCCACAAGCCUGUGCUGGUUCCUGGAGCUGGAAAUGAUGGUCUCGGCUUGGAACGCAGAGUAGGGCCUGGAGAAAAGGCAUCUGAACUGGGCUUGGCAACUGCUGGUGGCAGCUACCUGCGCAUGCCAUGGCUCAGCCCCUACCACGAAGCAAGCAUGUAUCCCUUCAUGGACACGUCCAAGUACGCGGCUCUAAGCAUGUACAAAGCGUCCUUGCUCAGCCAACCCAACCCAUAUCUACCCCAGCACCUGCCCUACCCGCCUCUGUGUGCAGCCCAGGGGGGCAAUGUUACCUCAGCUGCAGCUGCCUCUGCUGCUGAGAGGCUGUACUAUAUGCCUCCCUAUCCUCCCUCUCCCAUCUCUUCUCCCCUGGUGGCUCCCCCCAUGAGGAUUCCUCCAGUCACAGUGGCCCCCACAUCACUGGUGCACUGCCAAGAUAAGGGACUUGGUGUUGCACCUCCAUUUGCACAGCAGCUUCACCAACCUUCCCCUCAUCCUCAGCACCACCAGGCUGCUAUAGACAGGGACCGGUCCCCGAGCAGGAGCAGCAGACCAAGCAGACCUCCUUCUAGGAAGGGCUCAAGCACCAACAAUAACACCAGUAGUACUAGCACUAGUGGCGCCAGUAGUGGGAAUAAUAAUAGUCUGCCUACUGAUUCUUCUCGCCUCCCUCAGCCUCCCCCUCCUCCUGCUCUACUCGACAAUUCACUGGAUUUACAAAGACCAGUUACGAGGAUAGGACAGCCGUCCACCUCCUCCUCUUCUUCAAUAUCUGCCUCAUCCUCCUCCACACAGUCCAUUCCUCAUCCUUUCUCUGUCAGCAGCAUGGCGUCAGAGCAGCCCUCCUCCGCCCGACCCAGCCCCCACAAAGCCCGGCCCAGAGACGGGGCCCCUGAGCACAGAAGUGGAGGAGUUGAGAAGAGACCCAGCAGGUCACCCUCUAAAGGAAAUUUUGAGAGGCCAGCUCACCAACCUCAAGCAACCAAAGACUCGGCAGAGAAGCCGCUGGAUUUGUCUGGAAGAAUGCUGGAGUUUGGACCACAUUCCGGUGGAUUCCCAGUUAAGAUGGACACUAUGGCAUCAGGUGCACGUUACGGACUUCCUCCAAGCCGAGAGCUCCUAAAGGAAAACCUGUCUCUCUCUCCUUCCUCUCACCCUCACUCUGUGGUUAGCAGCACUUCUUCAAAGGUCUCAGACAGACCGGAGAUGAUCAGCACUUUACACUCCUCCUGGGUCGUACCAAGCCCGUCUCCUUCUCACACACAGCACACACCAGGCCUGCCCCCCUCUCCAAGGCCCAACACAGAUCUGGGUCUUUCACAAGCCAAAGGCUCCUCACCCUCUGUCAUAAAAAACAAGAGUCUGGAGAGAGUGCUCCCUCAACAACGUAGCUCUUCCUGUCCAAGGAUAGGAGAGCCAAACCAUAACGUUGCCACCACUCAACACUCCGGCUCCUCUUUAGUCAACUCCAGGGCUCUUUCUCCCAAACCUAAUGGUGAGUGGGUCAAACACAGCCCCAGCCAAUCAGAUCAUCCCCCAGCUGUGGGCCACCACAGAGAGGGAACAGAGAAGUCCUCCCAGACCACUAAGAGAGGUGAAACAACUCCAGAUGUGUCAUCAUACAAGAGGCCUUGUUUAGAGAAUGGUCACCCUCCUGGCCAUCUUUACCUUCCUCAGAAUGAUUAUCUGAACCACAGCUUGGCUUAUGCCAACAGAUACUUACACUACCCGAUCCCCGAAGGCAUGGCGCUACACUCUGUGCCAAUUGGAGGGAAAGGUCCUGUCUACCCUCACCCAGUCCUGCUGGGCAGCAGCAGCCUUUACCCAACACAUUUGGCAGCAAAACCCCCUUUACCCUACCACAACCUCCCAGCUGGUCCCACAGGGGAGUACCUCACUUAUAACACACAGGAGAUGGUCCAUCCCUUGAUGCAGACGCACUCUGACAACAAGCUGCCAGACAGGGCAGAUGCAAUGUUGAAGCCCCGAGGACAGGAGAAAUCCCGGGGAGCUGUCGAUGAAUGUGGGAGUCACAGAGAUCACAACACUGGGAAAGAGACAGGCGAGGGAAAUCAAAUGAAGCCUGAUAGGGAAGCAGGAGCACAAGGACAAGGUGGAAGUCAAAGCAAAACCCCCUCUUCCUCAGCAGCAUCCAUAGAAAAGAUUGUCUGCAUUGACCUUGUAAACUCAGACACAGAUAUUGAGUCUGCCCCAACAGUCCACAAACAGUCUUCUGCUGAGGCAAGCUCCAAGGUUAACCAAAACGAAUGUUGUCAUAGUAACCAAAAUCUGACAAAGACUGACUAUGAGUCAAAACACCAACACCAUCUUCCCCAUCCUUAUCCAGUCCACUCUGGACAGAGCCCCAACCUGAAGCCCAGCCACACUGACAGACAGCCAGAAAUUUCCUUUGGAAAAACAAAGGUUCUCCAGGACACGGGUUGUCCUGGGGUGACGCCCUGCACAUCCCUGACUUCUCCAGGGCAGGCUGCCCAAGCAGAGGAGAGCUCUGAGGAGCAGAGCCCCAGCCCAGACCCUGGAGACCAAGACCAGAGCACAUUACGCUGCGCCCGAACAUCAGGGGAGCGCAGCUCUGGUAAGGACAAAAGCGAUAGGGACAGCCAAGCUCCCCAUUUUAUUCAGCGCUGUGCAGAUGUUGUGAAGGAUUCAAACUGCGAAAAAGUGAGCGAGAGAGAGACUGAAAAGGAAAACAGUAUUGUUGACCUAGGAGAGUCUCAAGGAGAAGGGGAUGAUGAAGAAGAAGAAGAGGGUUGCCAGAAUUCGUCUAAAAGCGCUCGUAGAUCCAGUCUGGCCAAAAGGAUCGCUAACUCCUCUGGCUACGUCGGUGACCGCUUUAAAUGCGUCACCACGGAGCUGUACGCUGACUCCAGCAAGCUGAGCCGUGAACAGAGAGCUCUGCAGAUGGAAGUCAUAUCACGAGAGGGGAGUAAUAUAAGUCAACCUGCAGCUAACUGGGAGCGGGCGAUGAUGCGGUUCUCGGAGCUGGAGCUGAAGGAGAAGGAGGGCGGCGGUGUGUGUGUGUCUGGCCCGGCAGCGGCAGCAGGACGGGAGCUGGCGGACGGCCAGCCCAGAGAGCGAGCGCUGGAGCCCUGCCAGCACAGCACCAGGCAGAGGGAGGGUGUCCGGCCGCCCUACACUAACAACAGAGUUCCAGUCCUCCAGAGGUGUGGGGGCCAGAGGGAGCCUCUGUCCCCAGCCCACGGAGCCCAAGACGGGGCCAGAGGUGCCAGCCAAGGAGGGCAGAAGGACGGAGCCAGGAAGGCGUUGAGAGAGUCCGAUGAAAAUCAUUGCAUGCCACCCACUCUGACUCUGUCGAAAGGCUACCCGGAGGAGAUGCUCGGUCCCGGCUUUGGACCCACCAGGAAACGCCCACUCUGCCUGAAGACGGAGCAGGAGGACUCUGAGAGGGAAGGAGGAGACAGGGUGUCCCUUCCAGAGAAAAGAUCCAAGCUCUCUGCGGAUGAGGCCAGUCACGACGAGGACGAGGACGACGAGGUGCGGAAGCUCAAAGUCUGCAUCGAGCUCAAGGGACUGCGACUCAGCAAGCCGGCUGCAGGUGCCACCUCGCCCGACGGGACGCAGAUCAAGCAGGAGCGUCUGUGGCCUCAGCCUCGCCUGGCGAACCCGGCCCAGGGCGCGCGCGACGGCCGCAAAGUCAGGCUGAGCGAGCCCGAGGACAGAGCGGCGGCGCAGAUCAACAGGAAGUGGGCCUGCGAGAAGCUGCUGAACGGAGUAGCCGCCGCCGCCGCCUCCCUCCCUCCCGGCCAGCUGAAGGACAGAGCGCACCCGCCGAACCCCUUCUCAGGUGACCGUGGCCUCAAGGAGCCCAGGAGGGGCCCCCCCUCUCCGGCCCCGGAGCCGUCCGUGGGAGGCCCCCCUCCCCUCAAGCCCCGUCGCCAUAGUGACACAGACAAACCCAAGGGCAAGCGGCCGUGCAAGACCAAGCACACCGGCCAGAGGGAGCGGGAGAGGAGGAAGGAGGCCACACCUAGCAGCCCAGGCCAGCGCUGCGUGGCCGAUCCGGGAGCGGCCGAAGACGACAAGCUGAGUGAGCAGCGCGGCGCUCCGAGGAAGAGAGCCGCCUCUCCUAAUCAUUAUCCCUGCUCUCCAGUCAAGCCCUGCUCCCCCACCGCGCUCUGCCCGCCCUCCCUGCAGCCUCAGGCCAACUGCAGAGCGCCGAGCGUUGCUCUACCGGAGGCGGCGGCGGUGGCGGUGGCGGUGGCGGCGGGGCUGCACCGGACCCCCCCUGCCGAACCCUCCGUGAUGCGUCCGAUCCCGCCGGAGGCUCGCCGGCUGAUCGUGAACAAGAACGCCGGGGAGACUCUGCUCCAGAGAGCUGCGCGGCUCGGCUACGAGGAGGUGGUGUUGUACUGUCUGGAGAACAGAGUGUGUGAGGUGAAUCACCGGGACUACGCCGGGUACUGCGCCCUCCACGAGGCGUGCGCCCGCGGCUGGCUCAGCAUCGUCCAACACCUGCUGGAUUACGGCGCCGACAUCAACUGCAGCGCUCAGGAUGGAACCAGACCGAUUCACGACGCCGUGGAGAAUGACCACCUGGACGUGGUGAGAGUCCUGCUGUCUUAUGGCGCUGACCCCACCCUGGCCACGUACUCUGGCCGCGGCCUCCUCAAGAUGACCCACAGCGACAGCAUGGAGCGCUUCCUCACCGAUUAUUUUGCUGACCUUCAGGGCCGCUCGGAUGACGACCCGGGGCUUUAUUGGGAGUUCUAUGGCAGCGCUGUGUGUGAGUCUAGCGAGGAAGGCAGGAUCUACGACAUCCUGGCCGACCCCCCGGGCCCAGAGGACGAGGACGAGGACGAUAAGAGGGAGGUUUUUGAGUUUGAGUUCUCCGACCGCCCUCUGCUGCCGUGCUACAACAUCCAGGUGUCCCUCUCCCAGGGGCCCAGGAACUGGCUGCUGCUGUCGGACGUGCUCCGUCGGCUGCGGAUGUCGGCCCGCGGCUUCCGCCAGGCCUUCCCCCACAUGGAGGUGGUGACGGUGGCCGAGGCGGAGUUCUACCGGCAGGCGUCCCUGUCGCAGCUCUUCUCCUGCCCCGAGGAGCUGGAGGGCUUCCACCCCGACAGCAAGGAGCUGCUGGACCUGGUGGAGGACAGCGCCGAGCUGGCCGCCCUGCUGGGCUCCACGCUGGAGUGUCUGGACGACCGCUGGGAGCAUCCGGGGGACAAACUGAAGGACAAACUGAAGGCCGUCGGCAGGCUGGGCUCGUCCUGACCCCUCUGAGCCUCUGAGCCGCCGGACCCUGAACUCCUCACCGACUGCAGUUUGCUUCAGAACCGAGCAGCGGCUGUGAUGAUCUGCCUUAGCCUGGACCAGCGCUGGACAGACGGACUGACCUGCUGGCUGAGACGUUUCCCUCUGAGGAUCAAAUACAUCAACAGACUUAAUAAUGGUCUUAUUUUUAUAAAUUAAUAUAUGUAUAAAUAAAUAAAUAUAUAUAAAUAUAUAAAUAUAAAAUAUCAAGAGAUUUUUUUCCAGGAUGUUGCUCACGACUCCUCUCUGAAAGAUGUUUUUUUUUUAAUGGACGGAGUGUGUGAAUGGCAGCACAUGGUGCAUGUGUGUAGCUGUACAGAAUAGUACUGAGGCUGUGCUGCUGAAUGUGGUUUUUGUGUUUAUAGGAAGCACAUGAUGUCCUGUUUUUUCUUUUCCUUUCUUUCUUCCUCUCCUCAGACUUCAGUGCUCGCUUGAGCCUCAGGGGCUAUUUUGUUGUAAUUUUUUAUGUUAAAAUUUCCGCUUCCCGUUUAGUCUGUAAUUUAACAUGCGAAACUACAAAACUGUUUGUAUAAUAAAGUUUUAAGAUAAUGUUGAUAUUUGACCGUUCGGCACAGAGCUUGUACAUAACAGGGAGGCUACUGCAGUAAAGUAAUUUUUUGGUGUGUUCAUUUUUGUUUUAACUUUGUAAUUAAAAUAUCUCAUAAUUUGUAUUUAUAUUUUACAAAAGAAGUUGCUUUAAAAUAAAUAUACAAACUGCAAGACGA